UCAAAAUUGCGAUGAGAGAUGAGAAGUAGUCUAGCAUUUUUUCGAGGUCGUUUGUUUAUUUAUUUAACUCAAAAUAAAAAUAUUUUGAUUAUAUUUGGGCAUCCUUCUAUAUUUCUUCAAUUUAAAUUUUACUACAAUCGAUGUGUGUUUGCAAAAAAAUGUGAAAAAAUAAUGUAACAAAAAUAAUUUAAAAUGCUCAAUUUUUUAAAGAAAUCUGGCCGUUCAUUUGUUAACGAUGAAAAAUUUGUGCCGGAAAAAACUAAAGGAAAUUCGAUGUCAUCGUGGCAAUUAACAGAUAAUACACCUUUAGAUGAAUAUUUAGAAAAUCAUGAAAUCAAUGAAGCUGUACAACCACGUUCCCGAUUAUCAAUGAAUCUCUAUGAUAUUUUAGCAGAUCGAACAUGUUUAAGUUAUUUUAUCCAAUUUUUGGAAACUAAAAGUGCUCUCUCUUUGAUUAAAUUUUAUUUGGACUCGGAAAGUUUUAAGACAGUAGCCGAAAAAGAAAUUGCUUCUAUUGAAAAUAAUAAUAAUUAUUAUUAUUACAAUUAUUCUAAUGCAAUCAGAAGACAUCAUUCAAAAAGUAUUUCAUCCGAUAAUUUUGAUAAGAUCUCAUUAAAUAGUAGUAAUUUCGAUGUAACCGAUUCAGUUUCACUCGGUUCUCAAUUAACGAAUGUAACAAUGAAUUGCGACCAAUUGAUAAGUAAUAGUAGCAUGAGCUUAGAUGAAAAACUUGAAGAACAAAUGAGUGAUAAAGAAAUUACAGAAAUUAAUCAAAUAAAUGAAUCUAAUGAACAAAUUAACACAAAUGUAAACUUGCAUAAGAAUUGCAAUUUAAAUAGUCUAAAAACCGUACCUGAACUAAAAACGUUAUGCGAUUUAUCGUUACGAAAACCGUUAACAGAUGACGAAAAGUCCUUGCUAGUGCUUGCUGAAAACAAUAAAAUUUAUCAUAAAAGAAUAAGUAAGAGUAUAAGUGCCAACAAUUUUAGUGAGCAACUAUCUUCUAAUGUAAAUUGCGAAAACUUUAAACCUAACGUUUCAAGUAGAGAAAUGGCUAUUCGACAAAAAAAUGUUUACACAUCGAUUGCAUCAGAUGCGAUUCGAAUAUAUCGUAAAUAUUUAACAAGCAAUUCGCCAUAUUUUAUUGAUAUCCCUGCAACAAUAUUAUCAACAAUAUCAUUACAAAUAUGUGCGCAAAAUAAAAGUUCUGCCGAUUAUGAAAAUAGCGAAAAAAACCAUGACAAUAACAAUAAAACUUCUGAGACGGAUGAUAACUCUGAGGAAGAUAUAAACUCAAUAUCGUGCAAAUGUUUUUCCGAAGCUCAAAAAUAUAUUCUAGAACGACUGGAAGCAGAUUAUUUAAGCGAGUUUUUAGAAAGUUCCUUUUACUGCAAAUAUAUUGUUGAUAUAUUGUCCAAUGUUCGAUCUUUAACUAUUUCGGAUAUCCUACAUAGUGAAUCAGCUUUGUUUUAUUUUAUGGAAUUUUUAGAACAGAAGCAAAACCAUCGCGGCCUUUUAGAAUUUUGGGUAGCUGCUAUCAAUUUUCGCAAACACUAUUUAAAUUUGUCUAUGAAUGCUGAUGAGGAUAUUUAUUCUGAUACUGAAAGUUCAGAAGAUUUGCUACAAAGUGAUGCGAUGAUAUUAUAUGAUAAGUACUUUUCGUUACAAGCUAAUAAUCCAUUACCUAUUUCAAGUAGAAUAAGAAGUCAAAUUGAAGAAAAAAUUUGUUCUAGUGAAAUAGAUGAAAUUUGCAAAUGUUUUGAUGUUGCAAUUAAAGUAGUAGAAUUAUUUUUUGAAAGAGUUUAUUUUCAAGAGUUUUUAUCUUCUCAAUUAUUUGUUAAUUAUUUUAACGAUUUAAAAUCAAAGAUUCCCGAUUAUAAUUCGUCAGACAUCAAAACGAACUCGAAUAGAAUUAAAAGUGGCUUCAAAAUGAUAAGACAUCGAAAAACUCUUUCGGAUUGUACUGCUGAGAGCACAAAAGAAGUGAAGAAACGUUUUCUAUCGCAGCAAAAUAGUUUAUCGGGGCAAGGAAUGGAAAAUUCAAAAUUUAAAACAAGUAGAUCGGCAGACAUGAAAAUUGAUUCAAGACAUUUAAAUGAUCCGGAUUUAUUGUGGAAGAGAAAUUCAAGAAAUGGAUUAAUAUUUGGUCGUGUAAAUUCUUUAGGUCGGUAUGAGCGGGAUUUUGAAGUUAAUUUUAACAAUGAAGAAAAAUGGACUUUAGCAAGCGGUAGUCAUAAACUAAAAAAUGCUAUGCGAAAAUUUGUCAAUUUACCUGAAGAUAAAGUUCAAGAAGAAAUUGCAUGGCAAAUUGCGGAAAUGAUUGUUAAAGAUAUAACAAAUGUUACUUUAGGAAAUAGUGAUAGUAAUGAUAUUUAAAAAUAUGUAUAUCUUAAAGUUAGAGAACUUUAAAUUAGCUUCGAAAUGAAAUUGAAAUUCCAUAAGUUUUAAAAAUGUGCGCACAGAAAAUAUUACUUUGUUACAAUAUUACAAAUAUUGAAUAUAGUUGAGUUGCAGUGUGAUUAGCAAUCAAAAUUUGCGAUAAUUAAAUGAGUAAAAAAAAUUUAAAUCUGAGAAAUAUUUUAUAUUUAAAGACUCAUAGUUGAAAUAAAAAAAAAUAAGUAUUCAAAGAUUAAGUAAGAUAGCACAAAUUAGAAAAACAAAACAUAAAAAUUAAAAGUAAAAUUUACAUUUAAUUUAUAUAUCUAUGUAUGUAUGUAUGUUCAAAUGAGCAGCUAAAUUUUAUUUUUUUCUCACAAAUUAAUUUUUAUUUUCUAAGAAAAAUCCUAAUAAAUUUUAUGCAGUGAUUGGGUAAUUUUUAUGAAAAAAAUUUGCAAUACAUUUAAAAAACAAAAAUUUCUUUAUUUUAAUAUUUAAUAUUUUUUAAUGAUGUGACUGAUUGACAUUCUCUCAUCUACAGUAUUACGAUAUAACCGCAAUUAAUUUAUAGAUCGUUUUGUCUAUAAUGUCAUUAAGUAAAUUUAAUUAAAAAUACUCUUGCGUGUCUCUCAAAAUUUUGUUAUCUUUAAAAAAGUAUCUUGUUUUUUAUGUUAAAUGAUGUUUUUUACAUGAAUGUUAUUUUGGUACUUAUAGAUAUUUUUUUAUUCUUUUGUUUGAAAUUUAGAUAGGUAAUCAUGUAUUUUUACUAUAUUUUACGGGUUAAAGCACAAGUUUUCCUAUUUUAUUUUUUUCUUUUAAAAUAUGUAAUUACGAGUCCUCGUAAUUACGAGUACCAGUAAUUACAAAGUUGCUCAGAUUGCUCUAUAUUAAAUUUUGUACAAUUUACAUUUGUUUGAGGAACUUGAUCGCACAUUUAUACUAGGAAGAAUGAAAAAAAAAAUUUGUUAUAUAUGCAUAAUUAAAAUUUCAUGCUUACAUAAUAUGUAAUUAUGUAUAUUUGUAGACCUAUUCUAUAUUUUUUCGAAAAAUUAUUUUUAAAUUUAUAUUGUUAAUAAUAUUUUAUGUACUUGUCUUUACUUAAAAUGAAAAUUGAACUUUAUCCUA